GGUCGCGCCGGGGGCCGGCGGAGCUGCUUUGGCUGCGGCGGCAGCAGGAGACAGAGCGAGCCCGGCGGCCACGGGCAUACCCAGAGGGAACGGAGGAAGCGGUCAUGUCUCGCUACACGAGGCCCCCAAACACCUCCCUGUUCGUCAGGAACGUCGCGGACGCCACCAGGCCUGAGGACUUGCGCCGUGAGUUUGGUCGAUAUGGCCCUAUAGUAGACGUUUACAUUCCACUUGACUUCUACACCCGCCGCCCGAGAGGAUUUGCUUAUGUUCAAUUUGAAGAUGUUCGUGAUGCUGAAGAUGCUCUUUAUAACCUCAAUAGAAAGUGGGUAUGUGGCCGUCAGAUCGAAAUACAGUUUGCACAAGGUGAUCGCAAAACACCAGGCCAAAUGAAAUCAAAAGAACGUCACCCUUGUUCUCCAAGUGAUCAUAGGAGAUCAAGAAGCCCCAGCCAAAGGAGAACUCGAAGUAGAAGUUCUUCAUGGGGAAGAAAUAGGCGGCGGUCUGAUAGCCUUAAAGAGUCCCGACACAGGCGAUUUUCUUACAGCCAGUCUAAAUCUCGCUCCAAAUCACUACCAAGGCGAUCUACCUCAGCAAGGCAGUCAAGAACCCCAAGAAGGAAUUCUGGUUCUAGAGGACGGUCAAGGUCCAAGUCCUUGCAAAAAAGGUCCAAGUCGAUAGGAAAAUCACAAUCAAGCUCACCUCAAAAGCAGACUAGCUCAGGAACAAAAUCAAGAUCACAUGGAAGACAUUCUGACUCCAUAGCAAGAUCCCCAUGUAAAUCUCCCAAAGGGUAUACCAAUUCUGAAACUAAAGCACAAACAGCAAAACACUCUCAUUUUCGAUCGCAUUCCAGAUCUCGGAGUUACCGUCAUAAAAACAGUUGGUGAACAGCAACAGAAGAGUGCUACGUAGUAUUUAAUAUGUUAUUAAACCUCUCAUUAUGUUAAAUAAAAAUUCUUCAAGGCUUACAGAAAAAGUGAGUUGAUAUUAAUUACUUUGGGCAUGUGCAAGAGAUAAAAUCUCUCUAGCUUGGGUUAAUGAAGAUUUGGUCUCGAUUUAAGGGCCCAUACCACAAAUUAUGAUGUGAGUAAUGUCCCAUUUUAUGGACCAUUUUUUGUUUACAUUGUGGCAGAAGGGUACUUUUCGAAGGAAAUGGAUAAAAUGAAACUAAUUUGGAAAAUUGAACUUGGACGUUAAGUAUUAAUAAUACUAAUAACUUUUACAAAAGUAUUUUUUACUUUAAAGCACUUUUCUUUCAUGUAAAAAGUAAUUAUGACUGUAUAAUCGCAUAGGGCAAACUUAAGACUAUUUGACAUCUUACGUCUCCUUUUUGUUUUCUCUUUAAACUUGGGCCAAUUCCUGAUGGAUAUUAGUUCAUAUUACAAAAUUCUGACAUUUCUAAAAGUAGAGUUUAUAGAGAGAUAAAGCGUUCAAAAGAUACAUUCUUUCCUGAGCUCAAAAAAGGUUUUAUUUUUACUGGGUGGAACAGUAUAGAUAAGUUGACAUUAAAUUGCAUACUAUACCAUAUUUAUUCACUUCAGAAAUACCGAAACGUUAUAAAAAUUCUGAAUUUUGAAUGGUUUGCGACUGCUCUAAAAAUGAUGUGCAACACUCAGUCCAAAAAAUUCAUAUCAAGCCUUACGCAUUUGAAGAGUGGUACAUUUUGUAUAAAAAUCAUACUUUAUACCAUUAAUUCUGCAUACCUACUUUUCAUCUACUGCUUAAUUUUUCUUUUUAGAGCUCUAGCUGAUGACUUUAAAUUGUAUAGAAUAAGUCUUAUUUAUUUUUGGAAAUGUUUAGUACCUUGUAUUAAGGAACUCAAGACUGCCUCCUCACAAAACAACUUUGCAGUAUUGAGAUUUACAUUACACUGCCCUUCAUUUUUUUAAGCCAAAUAGCUUUAUUGAUAUUCAUUGCUUUUGUAGUUGUUAAAGCUAAGAAUUUCUUUAAAAAUGUGUUUGUAGAUUACGUUUUCCAGAGGGUUUUGGUAGUAUUUGUGAGAAAAUGGUUUUGCAUAUGGUUAUUAUAGGGGAUAUAUUUAUAGAGCUCUACUUGUGUACCUUGUUGAAUUACAUUGAAAUUAAAAGUUCUCGGCCCAUACAGUUAAUAUUUGUAUCUAGAGUGCUUUAGAAAAAAAAUGUCAUAUAUUUUUAGCAUAUAGGAGCCAAUAUUGCUUCUAUUUGUUCUGAAUACAAAUUCCAUUUUUUUUUUUGCAUUUUACAUCCUGUGUGUAAGAAAUAACUUUACAAAAUAAUUUAUAUGCUGGUAAUAUUUGGACAGGUACCAUAAAUUCAUGUAUACUGUACUUUCUGAGUAGAUUUUCUCUAUCUAAUCAUAGCAAAAUUUAUUUCAAAAAUAUAGUUCUUUGAAGUGUUCAAAUGUAAUAAAAAUUUAGUUAUAAAAGUAUGUGGCAGUAUUGAAAAUUGAGAGGACAGUCUGAAGAAAGAGCAAGACAAAUACUGAUUUUUUUGUAUCUUCUAAAUAAAUGUUUGGGUUUACAUACACAUAUAUGUAGUUAUUCCAAAUACUAACUAGGAGUUGAUUAUAGUGUCUUUACAUUUAAUCAUUAUAUCUUAGUAAAAAGUUAAUAAGGCAGUGUUUCUGAACAUGCUUAAUCCUUCGAUUUACCUCUGAUUUGGUUUUCCACUGUAAUUACUGCUCUGCUUAGGAGGAUACUGUUUGGUUUGAUGGAAAAACUGGAAUGAUAAUAGUUUAAACUUUCUGAUCAUUUACCGUGUGCUUGGCACUGCUCUGUACGUUUUACAUUACUCAUCACAACAGCUUUAUGAGGUCAGUACCACUGCAGAUAAGGUAAGUGAGACACAGAGAGGUUAAAUGACAUGCACAAGGUCACAACAACCAUUACACUUUGGAGCUGGGUGGUGGCUGGGCUCCAUACGGCCCUCCCUGAUCACCAUGCUUGUCUUUUUGGAAGAGAAAAGUCUUUGACAGAUAUAUGCUAAACUAAGAUAAUAUUGAGAGGAAAAGGAGAGAAUAGAAUUCAGAAAGGAAAUGAUUAUAGGGUUCAGUGAAAAUGGGUUCUGUGACUGAGUGGAAAUUGAUUGGCAGUUGUGCUGAUAUCCUGGAAAAUUGUCCUCUGGGUACAUCUAUUCUAGGUUCACUUCUGCUGUAGAAUUGUUUCUUGGACCUUUUAAGAGAGGAUACUUAGGGUAAGAUUGUUAAAUAAAGCAAAUGUAUCACACAUCUGUGAUCAUUUCCUUUAAAGAUAAUGUAUUUACUCAGGUACUUCUUAUGUUUAGUGUAGGGGCACUACCUACCUCCAUUUGUUCAAGAUUCAUAGAGGAUAAGUUAAUGUCAAAGAAGAUAAAGGUGGCCACCAUGACUGCUUGGUUUCUUUCUCCCCAUGAAUAAUACACAAUUUCUGUAUAGCAGCUGGUAUUUUGUAGCUGAAAACGUAAUGGGGGAAUAUGCCAAAUUUUUUAUCUGGAGUCUGGGGUCUAAUCUUGUGCCACUGGGCUGUUUAUUUUUAAAUGUAAAAUAUUAACUAAUUUCAGGACUUUAUAUGUUAUCUGAGAUACGACUAUUCUAAGACAUGCUGUUGUAUUACAAAUAAAUAUGAAUUUCUGCCUUUAUUCCAAUUCCAUUGCAUGAAGCAAAAUUAGUCGAAGUUUAAAGGAAGAAGCGUUUAGAAAUACUUCUAUAAUUCUUCUAUACUACAUUAAAAUUGUAAUUUCUUAUUUAGAGUUAAAAAUUAAAUUUGUUUUCCAAACAGGGUGGUAGAAUAUUUGGGGUAUCUGUAUAAAUAAAUACAUGCUACUUAUGCAGAAGAUCUUAAUCUGGUAUCAUGAAACCGAAGCUUCAGAUCUAGGUCCUGUAGAUAUUCAAACAAGUCCGUGACUCUUGGUAUUUUAAAGACCAGUGGUUCAGUGAGACAUACGGAUAUUAGUCUCAAAACUCAUAUGUUUGAUUAGAAAAAUUUAAGUAUUAAAUGAAGAUUAUGAACUUAGCAUCUAAAUUACUCCCUUGAUGAAACUAGGGAGGAUCAUAACAUUAGCUCUGGCAUUGAUCUAACCAUGUCAAUUUAGGCCCUCUGGAAAUUUUAUAUCAUGUACCUUUAAAAAGAUGCUCUUAAAAUUAAGCAAAUUAACCACAGCUUUGUGCAUCCUAGGCAAGGCCCCAUUGCCUCACAUAGACAGCCUUGGGGGAGUAAGCACUUCAUUCCUGACUGGGCUAGGGCCUGGCCCCCACCGCUUAGAGAAUGCCCCUAAUGCACUGAUCCCAUCCCAGGAACACAAUAGAGCUGGGACAGCCCACAGAGAAGGUGAAUGGACUGUAAUUGAUGGAUUGACCGUGAUUAUGGAAUUAAAUUGGGUACAUCUUUUGAAAAGAAUUAAGCAAAUUAAGCAUAAAGAUAUUAUAGUCAAAAACCUAUUUAGAAAUAUAAUAUUCCCUUAUAGAAGUGUUAGAUAUUCCAGGUUGAUUCAACUUCAUUCAAGUUAAGACAGUACUUUACAAUAAUGACAAAUACCAUUUUUUAUUUAAAGGAAUCGUGAGGAAAGACUGAAUUUAAAAAUAUACAUAUGAUACUAUACCACAUCAGUAGUAUUUUCCCCCAAAAAAAGGUAUAAUGUUUUUAUUUUAUUUUGGGGAAAGGGUUAUAUGAUUAGUCUUUCUUGAAUCUUAUGUUCUAGGAAUGUACCACAAUUUUGAAUUUAUGAAAAGAAAUAGUAUCAACUUGUGGAGAUAGAUGGAUGCUCAGUGGGUUAAUGUUUUAAAUGUAUUAUGUGAUUUUAAGCAUAUGUUUGGUUCACAUGUUUCAAAACACCGUAUUCAGCCUACCUGUAAGUUUACAAACUAGUAACGUUACAAAUUAAAAUCAGGAAUAUCUUAGGGAAUGUUAGGUUUCAGGUUCUUUCAGAAUGCAGACAGAAAAUUUAAAGGGUCAGUCUCUCCAGAUGAGAGAAUAUCUAGCCAGUAAUCAGUGCUUUGUGCUAGAAGUGGAUUGAUUGCAUGUUCAUUACUGUUUGAUCUUAUGUAUUGCAGCUUGUGUAGGAUGAGCAGUUUCUCAGGAAAAGUAAUUGAAACAAGAAGCAAAAUUACCGCUUUUCUAAUUUAGGAAUAUAAUUCUGUGAACUAAAUGCCUAGGAACUAUAUGCUUUUUAGAAAUGGGUCCAUAGACAUAGAUAGAGGAAAACCACAUUCUAGUUUUCUUGGCUUACUCCUUAUAGUAUAGACUUAAAAUGCUGUUAAAUUGACUAAUUUCAACAGAAAUCUCAAUAUAAAAUAGUCUUCCAGGCUCAAGUGAUAGCCUAUUUUUUUUUCAAUACUAAGAAAAAUUCAAUGGAUUUUUUUGUGGGGGAAGUUAAGAGCCAUUCCUGUGACAUUUGUGAGGCGGUGUCUGCUUUGUGGGAAUACCACUUUACACCUUGAGAAAAACUACUCUGUUGAAGACCUUUUUUCAAAAUCGACAUAAGCUGUGUAACCGGUCUGACCCUUCAGGGCAUUCUUACAUUUUAAAAAUGAGAUGUGCCCGUCACGCACCGCACGUUCGUGGGGAACCUGGUGCUAAACCAUUCGUAGACGACCUGCUUCUGGGCCGGGGUUUCGUACGUAGCAGAGCAGCUCCCUCGCUGCGAUCUAUUGAAAGUCAACCCUUGACACAAGGGUUUGAAAAUAAAUAAAUAAAUAAAUAAAAAUGAGAUGGAAUGUUACUUAAAUUUAUUUUAACACGAUGUAAAAUAUUUAUAUAAUUUCAUAAGAACCUUAAGGAAAAGCAUUAACAUUCACAUUGUCGGUAAACCUUAAAAGUUUGGCCUUAAAAUGUUAAAUGUAGCUGAAUUUUUAUUCUAAAAUAUCUCAUAUUUGUAGUGAGGUGGAUGGACCUAGAGUCUGUCAUACAGAGUGAAGUAAAUCAGAAAGAAAAACAAAUACUGUAUUCUAACGCAUAUAUAUGGAAUAAAAAAAAAUGGUACCGAUGAACCUAGUUGCAGGGCAGGAAUAAAGAUGUAGACAUGGAGAAUGGACUUGACACGGGGUGGGAGCGGGAAGCUGGGGCGAAGUGAGUAGCAUUGACAUGUAUACACUACUGAAUGUAUAAUAGCUAGUGGGAAGCAGCAGCAUAGCACAGGGAGAUCAGCUAGGGGCUUUGUGACCACCUAGAGCGGUGGGAUAGGGAGGGUGGGAGGGAGACGCAAGAGGGAGGGGAUAUGGGGACAUAUAUGCAUAUGGCUGAUUUACUUUGGUGUACAACAGAAAUUAACACAGUAUUGUGAAGCAAUUAUAGUCAAAGAUCUAUUAAAAAAUAAAAAUAAAAUAUACAUGAAAAGCACCUGUAUGAGGUGCUCUUAGCUGCCUUUCCGUAGUCAAAUAUAACUGAUACUGUAAGAGGUUUUGGUGACUGCACUUUUGUCAACCUUUUAUCUACCUGGUGUUUUUACAUGAAUAUCUAUCAUGGAAAGUGGAACUACACUUAAGGAAUAAUUUUAAAUGCUUUUAACUUUCCAUUAACUCCACUGAUAUUAAUUCAGCAUUAAAGGCUUUAAAGAGUAGGAGCCAACCAAGUGUUAAGAGUUGCACCCUGCUUUGCUUUUACCUCCUGGUCACCUCAGUGCUAACCAGCCCUUCGGCCAUCCCCGUUCUUUGGGAAUCUCAGACAGACACACUUCCUUACGCUACUUGAAGUUCAAGUUAUUCCACAUUAGAUAAUUCUUUAACUUUCCCCUCAAACCAUGGGCAGUUAUUAUAAAUGCCCUUCAGAAUCUUUAUAGUCUCCACCUACCUCUUCAUCCUCUCCUAAUUAAAGUUUCUUCAAGCUUUAACAUUUAUUUCAACAUUAACAUUAAAUGUCAACUGUCACAUUUCCCAAAUAAGACAAUGCUUAAAUACAGUAUCCUUUCUCUAAUCUUUCAGUUCUUAUUUACAAUGGCUUUGGUAUUUCAGUCAUUGACUAGAGUUGUUCUAUUGUUUUAGAAGUGUUAUAAGCAACUAACCAGCCUAGUUGAAAGUGCAAAGAAAAAACAGGAGAUUCAAAGUUUACAUCAAAAGGCUGACUUAUUUGUGCUUAAUGUUACAUGUAAGUGAGCUUUUGGAAUUAUUGGCAAAUACUCAACUUCUGUGUAAUGUUGGAGUGAACUAGUAAAGCAGCGUUAACUUUCCCGAAUUCUGUUAACAUUUUGUUGUAAAAAUCUUUAAUAAGAAAGUAAUCUUACAAUGAACACCCAUAUACCCACUACGUAGAUUCUACAGUUAAGUUAUGCUUGUUUUAUCACAUAUAUUUCCAUCCAUCUUUUCCUCAAUUAUUUUGAAUUUAAAAUAUAGUAAAUUUUUGAAAAUUGGAACGUUCAUAAGUGGGCUAUUCCAAUUAGCUAAAGAGUGAUCAAAAAUCUUGGUUGAAUAUCUUUUGUAAACAUAAUUCUAUUAGUUUUGAAAUUCAGGAUCUGGCUUCAAACAUCAGAUGAUUUACAGUAACCUAAGAAACAGACACAAAUGGUUAAGGAGACUGGACUGAAUGCACAGUGACUAGGACCCUUGGAAGGCUGAUGGAAAAGGGUAAUCCAAUCUUUGAUGUUAAUCCUUUUGUUUUAAAAUUUGAGAGCCCUUAGUGUCUGAUCACUUGAAAAGAGUAAGGGCAAUUUCAACGUUGGAAGAGAUGGUUGAAAGCCCUUAUUAUAGCAAGAAGAUCCCCCAAAUUGUAGAUCUCUCCAAGGUUUUGGUAGGAAGAAUCAAAGCCCUCUGAUUCCAUGUUGCCAAAUAGAGUGAAAUAAUAAAGAUCUUGCUGUUUAAAGAUCUUAACUGUUAGAAGGCAGUUUUGAGUUCAGUUAAAUCAAACAUUUCCAUGUUGGAAAUAAAAGUCAUCAAAAUGUCUUCUACCUGCCAUCCCCUCCUCAAGAUUCUAGACUCUUAAGAACACAUUUGUAAUUCCGUUUUGACAACUAAUCAGGUUAAUCUCUAAUCUUAGAACAAUGGAACUAUCUAAUAAUUUAGGAGUAGCUAUAUAUAUAUGACCAGUUUUGGAGGAGUCUGAUUAGUAUCUAUUAUCUUUACAGUCAUAUAUAAAAUACCACAUUUUCCUGCGACUUUAUGUAGUAGACUGGGAAAAAUUACUUAACUUUCCUGGAUCCUUUCUUACACAUGCAUUAAAAUUAUCAUUGUAUGAAUGACCAGAGAAAUGAAGUGUUUUCAACGUUAUUGUCUAAGAAUGUCAUUUCGUCUUUUAAGCUAUUAUACAUUCAAGAUAUAUGAUCUCUUCUAAUUAAAUAGAGCUUGAAUAGAACCUGUAGCCUCCUUUGACAAAUGUGCGUCUGAUUUUCCAUGAUUAUCCAUGUAGGUUGCUUUCUGCCAAUUCCCCCGUUUUUCCCCUUCCUACCAUUACUUAAUUCAGAGACUGUAAUUAAUGCCACAUCAUCUAUGAUAAACUAUUCCUCUAACAGAGGGAACUUUAAAUUUGUGUCACCAGUUCUACACUAAGGAAACAUUACUCUAAACUCUGCUUUAGAAAAUGAAUUCUAAGAUCUUGACGGUGAACCCACAGUAAAUGUAACACCUUCUAUAAGUCUUAAAUUGUAAUUCACAAGUUUACGUUUGGCAAAUACAAUUCCUGGGUGUUAGGAAUAUUACUCAUACAUUUUAGCACAUUUAAUUUAGAACUCCAAGAGAAUUGCCAAGGAUAUGAAAAGUAACUUAAUCCGAAAACUCAGAUUAAUUCAAGACAAUCUAAUCCAAGAAAUAUAAAGACAAAGGGUUUAGUUCAACCAUAAAAUAGAUCAUCCCUAAUCUUAGAACUUUAUCCACCCCACACCUUCAGAGAAUCCUAUCUAAAAUUUUCAGGAAAGUUUCUUUCAAAGAUUAAUUUUUAUGAGUUUUUAUAAAUAGCACUGUAUAAAAUGUACUCUCAAAUUUCCCUUCAGAUACAAAAACAAGUAGCUCCUGAACUACACGAUUUGUGCCUACAACAAUCCUGCUUCCUACACCAUCUCAUCUCAGCACAGACACACCCUUUCCCAUUUGGAGACUUGUAUUUGGGAGUCUUUGAAGGAUUUAUGGAUAGCUCAGGGCUGAAAGAGCAGGCUUGUGAUUUUUAAGUGUUUUCAUUCUGCAAUGUCCUUCAAAAUUUUAAGUAUAUAGAGGAAGAUGAUGAGACUCUCAGCCUCUCAUACCCAAGUAUAAGUACAUAUGUUUGAUUCCCUCAACCUGAAGCAGAUAUCAACUGCAUAGAGUGCAUGGGAUUUGGGGGCCUUCCAUUCUCUAAAUAAAGGAUAAUGUAUUCAGCAAUAUGAUGGGAUGGUCAUUAGAAGGGGAGAGAUUUACAAAAAGAUACAGAAUGUUAAAAGAUCAGUUUUACCCAGUGUCAAAACUUGGACUAAGGGAAGGAAACUUUGUUCCUCCUUUUCAGCAGCUGGGCCCCUGCUGUCUGAAUCCAGAACUUAACAUUAGAACCGUCCACUAACAUAGACUUUUACAGGUCAGUAAUAACUAACCACCAUUUAACACUUUCAGAGGAAAUACUUUCAGUUCAACAACUAAUUUACUAUCAUAGAUGAAGUUGAGGGUCCAUAGGAGGCAGAAAGGAUGAGGUCAAGAGUACUGGUAAAGGUGUUAAACCCAGUGAGGGAAAAAAGAAUAUAGGAAGACAAAAUAUUUCAGUUCCAUAUUCAUGUUGUAAAUAGUGCUUCUGUGCACUAUUACCAAAGCUGUACCUCUCGACCUGACCUAUCUUCUACUUGCUGUGUGUUUCCACGUGGAUAUCCUACAUGCAUCUCGAAGUUCAACAUGCAAAUCAAAAUUAUCUUCCUCUAUAAUUUCAACCCCCUCCAGAGUUCCCUAAUUGCUGGUUUUAUCUUCCUGAUUGCUCAAUUUAAAAAUUCUUUUCUUACCCUUCAUUCAGUUGCUGAAUUCUGAAUUCUACCUCCAAAAUAUCUCCCAAGUAAGUCCAUGCCCCUGUAUACCCUCUGAUAAUGUCCUUUAAGGCUCUUUUUUAAACCACUGAAAUAUCCUCAAGUGGCUUUCAUGUCUCAAGCUUUCCCUUUCCAAACUGUUCUCUGUAUUUUCACCAGUUUUCUCUUUGAAGCAGGAAUCUCGUUACCUUGCUUAUAAGCCUUUGGUGACUCUGCCAUGCUUAUAGAAUAAAGUUGAAACUCUUCAGGAUGACAUUCAAAGCCCUUCAUGUUACUACCCCAAUACACCAUUCAAGACAGUGAAUUUUCCUUCCCUGCACUUCUCUUAAGCUACUGGGUAUUCCACAUCUUUUCAUAACACUGCUAAAACUUUUAUCUCUGACAAUGUAUUCAACUCUUCUUUGCAUGUCAGAUACAACUGAAUAUUUUAAGGCCCCAACUCAAUGCUACUUCUAAUAGGUGUCCCGAUUCCCAAUUAGACAAUCCCUACUCACCAGCAUUAGUGGCCACCUGCUGGAAGAGACAAUGACUUUUGUUUUUACCUCCUCUAAAAACGUUUCUUGUAGGGUAAGCUUGUAUUUCAUUUAUGGCCAUCAUUUCUUCCUCACCCACCUACGCUGUUAACUUUUAGCUCUGCCAAUUAUCCUUGUACAGCUGACCCCUGAACAACUCAGGGGUUGGGUGCACCAACCCCUUGCAGUUGAAAAUAUGCAUAUAAAUUAUAGUCUGACUUCUGUGUCCGUGAUUCCUCCACAUCCAAGGUUCCACAUCCUCGGAUUCAACCAACUAUGGAUCAUGUAGUAUUGUAGUAUUUACUAUUUUUAAAAAAUCUGUGUGUAAGCGGACCUGCUCAGUUUGAACCUGUGUUGUUCAGGGGUCAACUAUCUCCUGAACAUACUUCACACUUAAUCCCCCGCCACACUAAACUGUAGACAUGCUGCUCAAAAAUGACACAAAAGAACAGAUAUUUCAAACAAGGAGGGAAGGGGUGGUUGAAGCAGUUUUAUCCAAGACAGGGACUCUAUAUUAGUGUCAUUGUUAGGAUUUUUAUAAUAUGCAGAAAUGUGUUAUCAAACGUGCAUAAAUGAGCCGUUUGCUGGAAUCAUGAGACUGAUUUGGGAGAUGUCAGAACUCACCUAGGCCAACCCAUUAGUAGUAAUAUUUACAACACGUUAUUUAAAAAAGCUAAAAUUGAGCUUCCCUGGUGGUGCAGUGGUUAAGAAUCCGCCUGCCAAUGCAGGGGACACGGGUUUGAGCCCUGGUCCGGGAAGAUCCCACAUGCCACGGAGCAACUAAGCCCGUGUACCACAACUACUGAGCCUGCGCUCUAGAGCCCGCGAGCCACAACUACUGAGCCCGCGUGCCACAACUACUGAAGCCCGUGUGCCUAGAGCCCGUGCUCCGCAACAAGACAAGCCACCGCAAUGAGAAGCCCACUCACCACAACUAGAGAAAGCCCGCGUGCAGCAACGAAGACCCAACACAGACAAAAAAUAAAAAUAAAUAAGUAAAUUUACUUAAAAAAAAAGCUAAAAUUGGUGACUACCAAUUGGGGGAAUUUUGAACUAUGGCCUUAACUCCUAAAAUGAGAUUUCCCAUCUAUUUGUAAGGAAGAUAUUUGCAUUUACGUGAGCCGGAAUGAAGACUCAUACAAAAUACCAGUAUCAAAUAGAAGUUCCUUUGCAACCUCAAACCCUUUCCCUUCCUUUCUAUAACUGAUUGCUUAAUAUCCCCACUCAAAAUUUGGCUGCCUUUCUUUAAACCACCUUUUGAAGUCCUCCUUAAUCACAAAACCAGUCUCCCACACUCAAACACAUGCUCUGCGUUUUUUGGUAAUCUCAAACCAUUUCAUAAUUAUGGUUCUCUCCCCAAGCACCGUUUCUGGAAGAAACCAGGAAUAGGGCAGAGGUCGGUGGCUUUGAGCUAGGACAGCCCUAACCUUCGCCUGACAUUGAAAUGCUUUUACUUGAGGACAUGCUGGGAGGCGAGGGACAAGGCCUUGGAGGGGUGUAGCUUAUCCACCACAUCCACAGCUCCUCAUAAUCGUAACUUCUUUGGCUUGGGUGGGUGCCUACCAUGCCCUCCUUCCCAGGUCCAUCCUGGGCCCUAGUGCUGAGGGGCAGAAGCAGGGCCUGGGGCCUGGGGCCGCUCCUCUCAACACCAAAAGUUGAGUCAGGGCUUUUAAAGAAGGCAGAUAAAGACAAAAGCAAAUACUGUGGGAGUUUUGAGAUAGUUUAAAAUCAGGUACUACGCAAAAGAAAUGCAAAUGGUUUUCCCCAAGUAUAGCAAGACUGGAUCCCAUUCAAGUCCCACAUUCGUACUAGCUUUGUAUUAAAAUCUGUGAAGGAAAGGGGUAAUUACAUAGUACUGCCUAAAAACCUGAAUGCUUGUCCUGAUAAAAUGUAGAUUACUUGCCUAACACAUUCUAGUCUUUAAAUUUACAAACCACCCUAAAAUCUGUAUUUUAACUUACAAACCACCUUUAAGUUUGAAAAGAAUGGCUCCUGUCAAUCUGUUAAUAUUGUAAUUUGGUCUUUUAUUACCUUCUUUUCCCUUUAUCUUCCUACAAGGACACUAAUUAGCACCAAGAUUAAUGCAAAUAAAAGCAGCUUUCUAUACAGUCUCACUACAUCAGUGGUAUGAGCUGAAUAAACUCAGUAUCAAAUUGUACAAAUUCACUUAAAAGCAACUUCAGUAUAAAAUACUAAACCACAUAUUGGUAUUUGUUUUAUAGGGAAGUGCCACUGCAUGGAACAAUUUUUUCCACUCACAUACUACAGUUACAAAGCUUUUACCCCUUUGCAAUGGUAAUUUUUCAACCAGACCAUUAGUUAAAGUUUAGCCCUGGAGCUGGUAACUGCAAACACAAAGUGUGCUCUAUACACCCACAAAACAACACAAAUUACAGGAACAUUGGAGGAGAUAUUUCAAGACACUCCAAUAGAAAAAUAAUGGCUGAAUAACUGGGCUGCACUAUGAUCUGAAUUCCUAUUUUGAAACACAACCCCCGAGGUGACAGUACUAGGAGGUAGAGACUUGGGGAAGUGAAUAGGACAUGAGGGCAGGAACCCUCAUGAACGGGAUUUGUGCCCUUAUAAAAGAAGCCCCAGAAAGCUCCCUCACCCCUUCUGCCAUGUGCAUACACAGCAAAAGGACACCAUCUAUGAACCUCUAAAACUGGGAUCUCACUAGACACCAAAUCCACUGAUGCCUUGAUCUUGGACUUCCCAGCCUACAGAACUGAGAAAUAAAUUUGUUUAUAAGCUACUUAAGUGUCUAGUAUUUUGUUACAGCAGCCCAAAGGGACUAAGACAGGCUGCUAAAUGUUUAAUACCAAAACUAUUCAACUUUUAAAUUUAACGCCUUCUCACUAAAUGUAUCUGUAGACUAUUUCAACCACUCUUCAAACUAUAAAAUCUAUUACUUUAUAAUACAACCUAUUUCCUUACAUCAUCCUUUAAAAAAUUUAACCAUCCUCUUUACCAGUGUGUUAACACUUCUCUUAGCUAAAAAAUAGUCUUAUCUUCUACAAGGUCGAGAGUGCACUUGUAUCUUAGUUUCUCUAAGUGCUUUUUAAAACUCCAUCUAUAUAUACCUAUAUGUAAAUGAAGUUAACUUUCUCUAAAUCCAUUUAAGAACAAAGCAUGUUACUGUCAGUGCCAAGAAAAAUGGUUGGGGUGUUGACAGGCUGUAUAGUGACCACAUCUAUUAAGAAAUUCUCGGGCUUCCCUGGUGGCGCAGUGGUUGCGAGUCCGCCUGCCGAUGCAGGGGACACGGGUUCGUGCCCCGUCCGGGAAGAUCCCACAUGCCGCGGAGCGGCUGGGCCCGUGAGCCAUGGCCGCUGAGCCUGCGCGUCCGGAGCCUGUGCUCCGCAACGGAGAGGCCACAACAGUGAGAGGCCCGCGUACCGCAAAAAAAUAAUAAAAAAAAUAAAUUCUCAGAUUUUGAGGUGGCUGUAACAAGUCAUCAUGCCAUCCUGGCAUUGCUUAUUAAGUCAAUAGUGAUCCUAAGUAAGGUUAGGUGUCCUUCCUUCUUGUGUGAACCAAAAUGAUACAAGAAGUUGAGACUUAAGGCUCAUUUAUUUCUUCCUCAGGAUGGUAGCACUUUUCUCAUCUAUACUACCUUACAGGAUCAUAUAUAGCCUCUGAACACCUUUACUUUUUCACGUCUAAAUAUUGACCAAUUACUCAUUACCAAUUACUUUUUCCUUUGUAUUAUCUGGCAUAAACUUUGGCCUUGUAUAAAAUAACGAAAAACUAUAUGGGGAAAACUGUGUUCUACAAUUUCUUACUGGAAUAGACUUUAUAGAUACACUAUUGAGUAGAAGUUUCAAUUUUAAAGUAAAAAUACAUAUGCUGCCAUAACUUCAAGCAAGCUUGAGAUUCCAAAGUCUCCAUCUAAUAUUUUAACAUCAAUUAUUAUUUGCUUUGAUUCAAGUAUCCCAUUCAGUAUCAGUAUAAAUUUUGCAAAUCAAACAAGUGCCGUUUUCUUUCAUUGUAAAUAUGUGGUAAGUCAAAUGGUAUUUUAUGAAACAGCUCAAAAAAUAAACACAUAUUCUAAGCUAUAAGCUAAUCAGCUUUACUUUUGCCCACAACCAUUUCCAUUCAUGAGAUGGGGAAUUCCUCCCCUUAGAGGUAGUAGAGUUAAAUUAUUGGACUCUCCAGCUUUCAGAGGGAGGAUGUACAAUUAGUAUAGACAUUUAGCCAGUAAAAUGGAAAGUUAAAAUCCAUCUCCUAGUUACACAUUCAAACAUGAAAAAACAAUCACACACAAAGAGUCAAGACUAGUUGAAAAGGGGGGGGCCAAAUUAUUAUUAUUUUAAAAUUUGAUUACAACCGAUUUUGUUGGCAUUAAAAUUUUAAAUUUGAAUGGAUAUAAACCAAAACCCAGAAAUUAAGUUUGGUAAAAAUGGGAAUAGGAGUUUUCCGGUAAUUACAGAUUAGAAGGCAGAAACCAAUUUAGAGAAACAUAGACAAACUCCAUGUUUACAAUGAUUGUGCCACAGAUUUAAACUUCAGUAGUGCAUUAGUAAACUGUUCACAUUGAGAUCUUCACCUUGAGAUUCAACAGCUGUUUCUUGAAAAAAAUCUCAGUACCUUGUGCAAAUAAAUCGGUCUUUCAGGUGCCUUAGCACACUUAAAAUUUCUCCAUUGUAUAUAUACAAAA